UCAUCUGUGACUGAUAUCACAUCUCCAGACUCACAGCACACAGGAUCACCGCUGUCUGAUUCUCCUGUACCAGAUGUGGCAGUUGCUUCGACUGUACUAACAUCACCUCUGAGUCUCUUCUCCACAUCUCCUGUGUCACAGCAAACAACCUCUGAGGCAUCAUCUGUUUCUGUGUCCCCAAGUGACUCUGCUUCUACUGAGCUAUAUUCAGAUCAAACAUCUGACUCAUCUGAACAAACAUCAGAACCAACUUCACCAGCACUGUCAUCAUCAUCAUCUACACCAAGUGGCCCAUCAUCACCUGGGGGUUCUUCUGUAUCAUCCAUAUCUUCUUCUGUGGCUUCUGCAUCUGCUCUUUCUCUUGAAACAAGUCAACCUCUUGUGUCAUCUGAUUCUCCAGAAUCACAGUACACAGGAUCACCUCUGUCUAGUUCUCCUGCGUCAUCUAUCACUGAUAUCACAUCUCCAGAAUCACAAUACACAGAAUCAGCACUGUCUCACUCUCCUAUGUCAUCUGCGACUGAUAUGACAUCACCAGAAUCACAGUACACAGAAUCACCACUCUCUAGUUCUCCUGCGUCAUCUGCGACUGAUAUCACAUCGUCAGAAUCACAGUACACGGGAUCACCACUGUCUAGUUCUCCUGCAUCAUCUGCGACUGAUAUCACAUCUCCAGAAUCACAAUACACAGAAUCAGCACUGUCUAGUUCUCCUGCGUCAUCUAUCACUGAUAUCACAUCUCCAGAAUCACAAUACACAGGAUCACCUCUGUCUAGUUCUCCUGCGUCAUCUAUCACUGAUAUCACAUCUCCAGAAUCACAAUACACAGGAUCACCUCUGUCUAGUUCUCCUACGUCAUCUAUCACUGAUAUCACAUCCCCAGAAUCACAAUACACAGGAUCACCGCUGUCUGAUUCUCCUGUACCAGAUGUGGCAGCUGCUUCGACUGUACUAACAUCAUCACCUCUGAGUCCCUUCUCCACAUCUCCUAUGUCACAACAAACAACCUCUGAGGCAUCAUCUGUUUCUGUGUCCCCAAAAUCACAGUACACAGGAUCACCUCUGUCUAGUUCUUCUGCAUCAUCUGCGACUGAUAUCACAUCUCCAGAAUCACAGUACACGGGAUCACCACUGUCUAGUUCUCCUGCAUCAUCUGCGACUGAUAUCACAUCAAUCACAGUACACAGGAACAGCACUGUCUCGUUCUCCUGUGUCAUCUGCGACUGA